AUGGCUACCAGAACGCCCAGCAAAGAAGACCCCAUCCUCAUCAUAGGUGCAGGCACCUUUGGCCUGUCCACGGCCUACGAACUCUCCCAACACGGCUACAAGAACAUAACCGUCCUCGACAGAGCCUCUGAGAUCCCCUCGCCCUACUCAGCCGGCUGCGACCUCAACAAGAUCGUCCGUGCCGAAUAUGAGGAUCCCUUCUACACCGACCUCGCGCUCGAGGCCAUCUCCGCCUGGCAGUCGCCCUUCUUCGCCCCUUUCUACCGACCGACCGGGUUGGUCAUUGUCAACUCGGCCGCAGCCAGCCAGCGCGAGAGAGACUCGCUAUCCAAGUCGUUUGGGUCAAUUGAGCACAACCCCAAGUUCCCGGCUGGUUCUCUCUCCCAGAUAAAUUCGCGAGAAGAUCUUCAGGCUUUUGCUCCGCCGCUCACUGGCGCCGCGAAGGGGUGGACGGGUUAUUUCAACAAAUUCGGAGGGUAUGCCAGAGCUGGAAGGGCCAUGAAGGCCAUGUACGGCACAUGUGUAGCUCGCGGGGUGCAGUUUGUGCUAGGCCCCCGCGAUGGGCACGUCACGUCACUUCUAUUCGACGGGAAUCGGUGCCUAGGGGCACAAGCAGCAUCCGGACGGAAGCAUGAAGCCUCCCGUACCAUUGUGUGUCUUGGGGCAGAUGUUACCCGUCUCAUCCCCGAGCUGGGCGGUCAGAUCACGGCCAAGGCAUGGUCGGUCGCUCAUAUACAGCUGACGCGCGAGCAAGCGAGGAGCCUGGCUGGCAUUCCGGUGGUCAACUGCCGAGACUUGGGCUUCUUCUUCGAGCCGGAUGCUGAUACGGGCCUCGUCAAGUUGGCCGCCCAUCGAGCCGGGCUGACCAACUACCAGCCAGCAGCUGGGGGGAACGGGCAGGUCAGCCUGCCAUCACACAGCAGAGAUGACGCUUCAAGGGGCAUUCCCCGGGAUGAUGAGGAUAGGAUCGUGCGGCUCAUCGCUGAGACCAUGCCGCAGUUCUCUCAUUUGCCCCUCGUGCGCAAGUUCAUCUGCUGGUGCGGUGAUACGGUCGACUCCAAUUUCAUCAUCGACUUUGUUCCAAGCACUGAAGCGCACUCUCUCAUGGUUUUUUCUGGGGAUAGCGGGCACGCAUUCAAGAUGCUACCUGUGGCCGGGCGCUGGGUUCGGGAUGUCCUGGAGCGCGGCGGGCAGACCUUGGCCAGGUGGAAGUGGAAGAAGGAUCUCAAGGGUGGUCCGGAUGAUAUACACUGGCGGCCGGGCGGGUUGGAGGACCUGAAGGAUGUCAAGGACUGGGUGCCGCAGAUGAUAAUGCCCAAUGGGCGUCUUGAGAAACUUUAG